UGAAACAACAACAAUGUGUGUGGAACAGAUCAAUUAAUUCAAUGGGUUUACUUCAUUGAGAUUGGGUUUGUACAAUUUCAUCUUGCCUCAAAAUCCAACCAGUUUGAACAAAAGGAAUACCAACAUUUUCACCGUCUUGAGUUAAUAAUACCAUGCACGGGAGAUAAAGUUUACAACCAAACAAAAAGUGAGAAUGGGCUGUAACUGUAGCACAGACUAUGAUGAUGAUAACUGGAUUGAGGAUAUGUGCGAACAAUGCAGGCUGGAAUAUGAACGAGAGCAGAAGCAAUACCAGCAACAAAACCAUAAAGAAAUACGUGAUCCCCUGGUGAAUUAUAAAAUACAGUCUCCACCAUCUUCGCCCUCCAUAGGGGAUGAUAUAUUUGUCGCCUUGUACAAUUACGAGCGAACCCACGAGGAUGAUCUUGAUUUCAAGGAAGGUGAUCAGCUAAAAGUUCUAAAACGGGAGGGAGACUGGUGGAAAGCACAGUCUUUAGAGACAGGACAAGAAGGCUACAUCCCAUACAAUUUUGUGGCACGGGCGCACACGCUGGAGAUUGAAACAUGGUUCUUUAAAGAUCUAAGCCGGAAAGAAGCUGAGCGACAACUUCUGACAGCUGGCAAUUCCGUAGGCUCUUACUUGAUUCGAGAGAGUGAAACCACCAAGGGUUCUUAUUCACUGUCUGUAAGGGACUUUGAUUCACGACAAGGAGACGUGGUAAAGCACUAUAAGAUUCGCUCUUUAGAUAAAGGAGGCUAUUACAUUUCGCCACGGAUAACCUUCAAUACUCUUCACGAGCUGGUGAACCAUUACUCAUAUGACACGGAUGGUUUAUGUCAGUGCUUGAAGAAACCAUGUCAGACUCAAAAGCCACAAAAACCUUGGUGGCAUGAUGAAUGGGAGGUCUCAAGAGACUCACUGAAACUGGUGGAGAAGUUGGGCUCUGGGCAGUUUGGAGAAGUUUGGAUGGGUUACUAUAACAACUACACCAGGGUUGCCAUUAAGUGUUUGAAGACUGGAAGCAUGUCUCCCGAGGCUUUCUUAGCAGAAGCCAACCUGAUGAAGACUCUGCAACAUCACAAGCUGGUGAAACUCCACGCUGUGGUCACUGAGGAGCCAAUUUAUAUCAUCACGGAAUAUAUGGCAAACGGUAGCCUUGUGGAUUUUCUGAAGACAUCUCUUGGAUCAAAACUCAACAUAUUUAAGCUCAUUGAUAUGGCAGCACAGAUUGCUGAGGGAAUGGCCUUUAUUGAAAGAAAAAAUUAUAUCCAUCGAGAUCUUCGUGCAGCAAAUAUCCUGGUUUCUGAAGAGCUCUGCUGCAAGAUUGCUGAUUUCGGUCUUGCCCGCCUUAUUGAAGACAAUGAGUACACGGCAAGAGAAGGAGCUAAGUUCCCCAUCAAGUGGACGGCACCAGAAGCCAUCAACUAUGGCACAUUCACCAUCAAGUCUGAUGUCUGGAGUUUUGGAGUGUUGCUUACAGAAAUUGUGACAUAUGGACGAAUUCCAUACCCAGGUAUGACCAACCCUGAAGUCAUUCAGAAUUUGGAACGGGGUUACCGAAUGCCAGCCCCUGAAAACUGCACCGAAGAACUCUAUGAAGUAAUGAUGCGUUGCUGGGGAGAGAAGCCUGAAGACCGGCCAACUUUUGAAUAUUUGCAAAGUGUAUUAGAAGACUUCUUUACAGCCACUGAAUCUCAAUACCAGCAACAACCUUAGCAGUGUCUCAUGCCCUGAUGGUGUAAACAUUAUUGGGGAUUUAAAAACUCUGAAAAUUAUUCUCCCUGGAAUUGAAUAGCAUGAGAUGGGGAAAAAAUCAGAUCACAGUUUGGUUGCCCAAAUGCAAGGCAGCCUUAGAGUGGUCAUUUUAUCUGGAGGGAUGAUUGCCUGCAGCUCUGAUAUUGUUCCUCAUUUCACCAUGGGCAUAGAGAAAGUCAUUUUUUCACUAAGGUAGGGCGUUUGAAAUGUACUCAUAUCUGCUCCAAACUCAGGUAGAUAUCUUUGCCAUGUCUGCAGUGGAAAUUCCAUUUCCAAUAGUUAAACAAGAUUUCUGACACUUUUUAUUCUUUCAUGGGAUGUGGGUUUUGCUUGCUGGGUUAACAUUUAUUAUCCAUCUUCUGGUUUCCUUUGAGAAAGUGGUGGUGAGCUGUCCUCUUCAAUUGCUGCCAUCCACUUAGUGGCCAAAGGUGUUCAUUCAGUGGCCAAAAACAGUUCUGAGGGGACCCCUGGCCAUUAUCUCAUGGAUUCAUUUUGUCAGGAGCACUAACUUAGACCCUUUUAAAAGAUUUGUUUAGAACUCCAUUCAUAGGUUUCAUAUAACAAUAUUCUAUCAAACACAAUCAGAAUGUUGAUUAAUUGCAUGAAACAUGUCUUGAGUUUAAAGCACGUCCUGGUAAAUAUUUAGCUCCUCGUUCAGGUUAUCCAUUUGGUAAAGGGUGUGCUUCCAAGGAUUUAGCACCCAAGAGUCUGACUUGGAUUUUCCACAUGAAGUACUUAUCGCAAUUACUUUAAGGGUCCAAUAAUUGUGCUAUCAUCCAAUUGCUUUCCGUUAUUGUUCCACCUUCAAACAGAAUGAUUAUACAUACUGAAAGGAAACUGAAAUUAUUCAAAAUAGUCUAUGUUCUGGUGGCCCUGAGUCACCAUUUUAUUAAUUUAAUGUAGCAAUCUUGAUGAAUGAAAUCUUUUAACUAAUAUAUUUACGCUACAUCUUUUUUUUUUAAGAUUGUGUUUUUGGAAGAAUUUUUAUGAAUUUCCUGUUGUUUCCUUUUAGAAUGAGCUCAUGUCUAAUAACAGGCUACUAUGCAUAGUAUCUGCCCAGACUGUUCCCAAGCAGACCACGAGAUAGAACCGCCUUUAAGCUCUACAAUACAGGCCCACAGUCAAUAGGUUGUAAAGACGAAACAGAAAUCUCUAUUUGAAGUUGUGCUACCCCAUCUUAGAGUCAUGUACAUUCUUCAAUCACUGAUAUGGGCAUUGCUAGUAAAGCCAGCAUUCAUUCAUUCCCUGAAGUUGGUGGUCAAUUAGCUUGUGGAGCCAUUAAUGGGUAGGGACAACCACAGUGCUGCUAGGGAGGGAGUUCCAGAAUUUUGACCCAGCAAACAUGAAGGAAUGUUGUUAUGGAUCAAAGUCAGGAUGCUGUGUGACUUGGAAGGGAACAUGCAGAUGGUGGUGUUCCCAUGCAAGUGCUGCCCUUGUCCCUCUAGUUGGUUGAGGUAACAGGUCCAGAAAGUAUUACCAAAGAAACUGCAGUGAAUUGCUUCAUUGUAUCUGGUAAUGGUAGACACUGCUACCGAUGUGUACUGGUGGUGGAAGGAGUGGCGGUUGAAGGUGGUAGAAGGAGUGCCAAUCUAGUGGGUUGCUCCUUCCUGCAUGGUAUCAAGCUUCACGUAUCCUUUAGUGCUGCACCCCUUCAGCUGAGUGAAUUAUUACAGUUUUAGCUUCUUGAAAUGAAGCUUUUCCUCGACAUGACCUAAAAGCUGAGUCCAGCCUGAUGAUUAAGAAUAAUAGCAGCUUCCAUUAUACUGGGAUUGAGAAGAACAAUGUGACAGUAUUUUACAGGUAAUGAUGUUGAAUUCCACACAAGACACAAAACUAUUUUAUCUUUUCAAUGAAAUAAUGGUGUUAGCAUUGCAGUGAUAUCUUUGGUUUUGAUUCAGGUAAUGUGAAAGGGAAUUAAUUGGUGGAGAAAUUCAUGCAGAGCAGGAAAAUCUGUUGGCUUGAUUUUUGAAAUCUGUGCGCAUUUGUGUUAUGUGAAGUGAAACUGAUACAGCCUUCUCUUCUUGAAAAAAGUAUCUUCUAUUUCCUCACAACAAAAUGUCACUGUGAUUGAUAUCAAUAGACGAGGGGUACCCCUGGUGGCUCUGCUUUUCCAGUUAAUGGAUGUUUCCUGAGAACCAAAGGUCUCUCAGCUGAAAUUGAGAGGAAAGCCUUUUUUUAAAACUUCAUUGGGCUGAUUGGAUACCAGAUUUGUGUUUUAUUUUAUAUAUUCAUGGGAUGAGAGCAUUGCUGGCUAGUCCAGUGUUUAUUACCCAUCCAUAAUUGUCCAGAGGGCAGUUAAGAGUCAAACCAUUGCUGCUGGCCUGGAGUCACAUGUAGGCCACAGCAGUUUCCUUCCCUAAAGUACAGUAGAACCACAUGAGUUUUCACAACAAUCGACAAUUAUUGCAUUAUUUUCAUUAGACUCUUAAUUCCAGAUUUUAAUUGAAUUUAAAUUCCACCAUUUGCCAUGGCGGGAUUUGAACCCAGGUCCCCAGAACAUUACCUGAGUCUCUGGAUUAAUAAAAUCCAGAAGGACUGCAGGUGUUGUAAUUCAAGAACAGUUCUAAGGGCCACCGGACCCGAAACGUUAACUCUGAUUUUUUUCUUCACAGAUGCUGCCAGACCUGCUGAGCUUGUCCAGCACCUUCUGUUUUUGCUCUGGAUUAUUAGUCGAGUGACAAUACCACCGACGCUUUCAUCUCUUGUAUAGUAGAAUUUUUUUAAAAAUGGCGUAAAGUAUUGAAUUUCUGAGCACAAAUCAAAAUCAUUGAAUUGCUUUUUAAGACAAAACAUUAUUCUUAACUUUGUGCAAUUUAUACAUUCUGUAAAAAUAUACCGAUACAGUUCAUUUU